UGAAAUGGGUUGGUCAAAUGAGGAUGAGGAAGAUAAUGAUGGUGUAGAUGAGUUAGAGAUUAACCUCCAAAACACUAAUCUUGAACACAUUGAUGAAGAUCAUACAGACCACUUUAGAGUUCAUUCAUCAAAUACUAGAAGUGCUAGCAAUGAUGAGUACAGUUACAAUGACAAUGCUCUCAUUUGCACACUCAUAAGACAACAUAGCUCUUGGGUUAUGACAGAUUCAGUGGAAGAGGUGAAAGAAAAUGUAAGUAGGAGGUACCCAACAAGGCUGAGAAAAUCAGAAUCUAAUAAGAAACAAGCGAAUAGCAGUUUUGAGUUGAAAAAAAUCGUUGUUUCAAGUGAGGAUGUUGAAGAUAAUGAUGGUGUAGAUGAGUCGGAGACUAACCUCAAAAACUCUAAUCUUGAACAUAUUGAUGAAGAACAUACGGAUGAGUUUAGAGUUCGUUCAUCGAAUAAUAGAAGUGCUAAAAGAAAACCGUCUGCCCAAACCAUUACUAGUGAUGUUGAGGAUAGUCAUGAUGAGGAUAGUAAUGAUGACAAUGCUCUAAUUUGCACAUUAAUUAAAACACAGCAUGGCUCUUGGUCUAUGACAGAUUCAGAGGAAGAGAUGAAAGAAAAUGUACAUAGGAGGUCCCUAAAGAGGCUCCGAAAAUCAGAAUCUGAUAAGAAACAAGACAAAAGCAGUUUUGACUUGAAUAUAACCGCCGAUUCAAGUGAGGAUGAGGAAGAUAAUGAUGGCGUAGAUACUUCACUCUGUGAAAGUUUGGGUGGAUUUAUCGUGAGCGAUUCUGAAAGUAUUUCUAGUUGUGAUAGCAACCAUGAAUCCGAAGAUGCAUUAAAUGAUUUUAUUGAAUAUAAAUCAACUAUGGAUAAGAUUCGCAGGAAAAAAGAUCCGAACAUGAAGUGGGAUCUAGAGGGGGAUAUGCUAUCUGAUUUUGCUAAAGAUCCCGGAUUGUGUAUGAGGGCGGUGUGUGCUGUUUAUAGGCAACAAACAACUGAUGAGAAAGAAUCUAAAGACACAAGAUACCAAAACGGGCGAGGGUUUAGCCAGGCUGACGCAUUCAGGGGUUGUCAGCUGGCUGAAUUUCUCACAGAUGGAGAUUCUAAUGGCGAUCUUAACAAAACGGUGGAAGAACUGGAAGAAUAUGACUCGGAGGGGAUCAAACGAUGCAAGGAACUUGCAAAAAAAUACUCAAACCAGUUAUUUAAGAUUUAUCAGAACAAAGAAGAUCCCUACUUCCGGCCACAAUGAUAAGUUCUUGAUUGCUGCACCCUCAUGUCAAGACAUGUGAAUCAAAAUAUGGUUAGUUUGGUUGUUUAUUUUGCUAAAUUACCCUAUGUUGAUAUAUUAUGCAAAGCAUGCCAGCAUGGUAGGUUUGUGGUGUAUGAUGGAUA